GCACUAAUCAACGUAACGCGAGAUUUCAGUGCCACGUUCACGAGAUUUUGUGUUUCGUUCGGGGAUGGGUUGUCGUACGAUACUGAGAAAUUCCUUGUUCGCAGCAUCUUAGGAGAGGAACAAAAACCCCAUCGACGCGUUAUAUAAGACCGAGUAUAUGAGAGACAGCCCAGGCGCCAUGAAUUCUGCCACCGAGAACAACUUUGCCCAGCUGGACCUGAGCGGGAAGCUGAUCAUCAAGGCUCAGCUGGGGGAGGACAUCCGGCGCAUCCCCAUCCAUAAUGAGGACAUCACAUAUGAUGAGCUGGUCCUCAUGAUGCAGAGAGUGUUCCGUGGACAGCUGGGCAGCAGCGAUGAGGUCCAGAUCAAGUACAAGGACGAGGAUGGAGACCUGAUCACCAUAGCAGACAGUUCUGACUUGUCUUUUGCAAUCCAGUGCAGUAGGAUUCUCAAACUAACCAUCUUUGUGAAUGGCCAGCCCCGACCUCUCCAGAGUGACCAGGUGAAGAUGUUGAGAACGGAGCUCGCCAACAUUCGCAACAGGAUUAACCUGAUCAUCGACCAUUUAGAGCCACCGCCGCGGGUCACCAGCUCCGAGGACGAAACAGGAGAUGGCAGUAAGCAGUCCCCCCAGGAGGCUCCCAAACCCGUCAACUCAGCCAACGCUGCUAUGUUUGACCCCCUGAAGACAUCCCAGGACGAGGCCACACAGAAAGUCAUGUCGUCAUUCGGUCUGAACGAUGCCAGCACACCGGAGAGAGAGCGUCCGGGGACACCUGACAGUGUUAGCAGUGCAUCUUCAGCUGGGCAGCAGCGGCACAGACCACAGCAGGUGGCACCUGUACAGCAGCAGCAGGUGCAGCCGCAGGUACAGCAACAGGUGCAGCACCAGAUGCCACAGCAGGGACAGCAACAGCAGGAACAGCAGGGACAGCACGUCCAACCCCCUUACUCACAGUCUGUAGCACCUGGUCACCCCUCCCAGCAGAUGAGUUAUGGCAGCCAGCAGCAGAGAUACCCCCCUCAGACUCAGCCGACCCCCCCUCAGCCCCAGCCAACUCCCCCUCCCACACAGGCACAGGUUCAGCCACAGCAGCAGCAACAACAAGGAUAUCAGCAGUACUCACCUGCACAGCAGGGUUACAUGGGACAGCAACACCCAGGACAGCAACAGCCAGGACAGCAGCCAGGACAGCAGCCAGGACAGCAGCCUGGCUACCCCCCUGCCUCCCAGCCACAGAUGUACGGCCAGCAGCAGCAGCAGGGGGGUUACCCUGGUCCCGCAGCCCCCCAGCCACAACAGGGCUACCCCCCUGCUUCCAUGCCAUCCACACAGCAAUCCUACCAGGGGCAGGGUCCACAAGGCCAGACCCCUUACGGUGUCACAGCCCCCAUGGGGGGGCCCCCCCUCCAAGCCUGGACAGGCUAACCCGUACGCUAGGGGGGUUACGGCCCUGGCCCACGAUACCAGCACCCAGGACAGGGCUAUCAGUGAAGCCGGGUAGUGUGUAUAUAAUAUAUUUGCCUAUGCGGAGACCAAGACAUCCCACUGGUACUAGAAUGCCUUCUCAAAUACAGCUAAGCUCAAAGUCAUUCUAGAACAACCUUAAGUACAAUUUUCAAAUUAUUAUCAGCUAUAUACUGUAGAGUUAGAGAUCAUUCCUCAAUCUGUAAGUGUAAGCAAAGUUGGCCCUUGGUAGAGAAUUUACUUCAAGUUUUGUGAGAAAAAAAUUCCAAAGGGUUUGAGCACACAAAAAUACUGGUAUGUGUAAUGUGAAACAAAUUGAGCAUUCAAAAACUUUGAAAUGAUGCACUAAGCUAAAAUGUGUCCUCUCGAUUUCUAUGGGGGAGGGGGUAGACUGUAGUAUGUUACGUUGUAUGGCUACUGCAGUUGUCACAUUUUACCGUUGCCUCAUAGCUUCUGUUAGAGUUGUAUAAGGUUAUCACAAGGCAGAUUCUUACUAAGGAUGAUCUUUGCUGUCUUUACUGAGUCUCUGACAUGAUACUAAGUUAUAGCAUCAGGAUGUUUCAGCUAUAGCCUUGAAGAGUUGGAAAAAGGAGUCCUUGGACUAAAUACAACUGUAUGACAUACACGUAGCUGAAAAUCUGGAAAAAAUGAUAGAAGUAGUGGUAAAUGGAAUGGUGAUUGCAUUAUUUAACUGUUGCGUUCUUGCACACGCUAAUUAAAAUACAUUGUUAUGCUGUUCAAAUGUUCCAAAGCAACGGUGUAUGAAUAAGGUGAGGGGAGGUUUGAAUUGUGUUGUAAGUCAGCUAAUACUGACUGCAAGGACUUUUACAUGAACCAAUGAAUGACAUGUGUUUACCCUGUGAAGUUAUGGUCAAUGAGCCUGAAUAUAAUAAACUUUUGUCUACAUGUAUGUA